GGCAGUGGCAAGUAUUGAGAUUAUUGACAUUGUCGGAGGCAAUGGAUAAUGAUCUAGAGUAGUAAAACAGGAUUUAAGACGUCACCAUGGUGGUAGGAGAAGGCCCCAAGCCUCCUGCCUUCAAAGGCUUCAUGAGUGAGGAGCUGAGGAUGCCAAAGUAUGAAGCAGUAAAACGUGUUAAACCAGGGAAGCAGGAUAGCAUGUACCGAGUUUCAUGGCCCAAAUAUGAUAACGCUGAUGUUGGACAUAAGGUGGAUGAGGUGAUAGGUGCUGUGUCACUGUUUGCCCCCUAUUCACAUGAAAGUGAAAGUGAAGUGAGGGAAAUCCAGCUGGAGCGACCUGUCACACCCAUCAAUGAUGAAAUCCGCACCCCACCAACCUCGUUCAAUCAGCUGGUGAAGUAUGUGAGACGCCGAAUUGCAGCCAAACGGGACAUGGCCUACUUAUCUGUUGAGGAUCAACAAAACUUGGCUGGGAUUUUAAUGGGAGAAGUGAAUGGCAUAUGGAGGGAAGUAAAGAAACAAGUUGAUGAUCCUUUCCUGAGUGCCGAAGACAACAGUGAAUUGAACAGAAGAAUAAUUGUGUACAUUGUGACUGUCUGUGAACGCUUGUUCAAGCACUAUCUUCAUAAAGCCGUAGUUCUUAACAGAAGAGGUAUCUUCAGUGGACCAGCAAACAUGUGCAGGCUAAAAGCUCAACUAGCCUUGGAUGCCAAUAAGCUCCUGAACAUCCUGACAGUGCGUCGGUAUAUUGUGGCAGACAUGCAAAGCUGUGGUCGAGCCGCGUCAGCUGCAUCAGUUGCAUCAUCUGCAUCAUCUCCCCAUCGCUUCAAUCUUCUGUCCUUCAACUCUCUGAUGGAGUCGAUACGACCAAAUAGAGGUGUUGGGCAUCGAAGGUUAAAAACACCCUAUCAGGAACUUCAAGAGCUUUGUGACCAGAUGCCACAGUUGGACACUAGCAAACUAUGUCGCCUUUUGGAUGCAAUACCAGAAGGCUUGAUAGACAGGACUCUAUCAGAAGAUGUACAUGUAAUGGACAUUCCGAGCAGGAUUUCUCAUACUGAAUUUACAGACUCUUUUAUCCUUGAGCAAGAGUCCAGAAAACUCAUAAUGACACAGCGGUGCCAGUCUGUGCCACUUCUGAAAGGUUAUGGAGAAAGUCUGAAGGAAGAAUUAUCUCUCUCCAAUGAGAAAGUUGCUCAGGAUGCCACAUACAACAUAGCUGAUCUUUUGACAGGGACAAAGAAUGCUCGUAAGGUGGAUGAACAGUGCGUUAAGGAGGAGGAAAAAUGUGGAACAGACAGAACCAGUGACCUGGAGCAGCUGAUGGCUAGGUCCCGAGAGAUUGACGAGGACCACAAACAGGGCAAGAAAGACGACGAUGACCUUCCCGUCCUCCUUCAGGCAAUGACACGUGGCAAGAAGCACGAUGAUCUACAGAACAGACUGGAGAAACAGAUGAAUGAACUUGAAGAGGCACAAAGAGAAGCACUCAUCCAAGACAAGUUGGACAUAAAACCCCCAGUUCACCCACAGCCUGCUACUGUCACCACCAAGCCUAACAACCAGAUGGCUGUGAAGACGUCAGAUAUUCGUGUGUCUGAGAGAGUUUGUAUGUCGUCACUCACUCUGGAUAGAUAUGCCACGGUCUACAAUCACCUUGAGGAGGAGAUUUCAGGCAGCGCUAUAAAUCAGCUGGACAAGAACCUGUUUCUGGAGAAUGAGAUAAAAGAAGUGUACAAAGAGGUGAUGAAGUCUCUGCCUGCCAGUCAUCUUGAUUUAGAACAGGAUGACAUCGUGAUGCCAUCUGCUGACAAGGUGAACCUCUCAGAUGUCAUGCCAUCAGCAACACUCAAUAAGAGGAAAGCAUGUCGUUUGAUCAACCCUGCACUGGAGAGGCCCAUGGGUGCCCCCUGGGGAGAUGGGAAUGUCAAGGAAUGGGUGAAAACGCCAAAAAACCCUCCAAAAAACUUGCACGGUGAAAGUCAGUUUCCCCCAGUGACACCAAAUAUGGACAAGAUUGCUGAGGUUUUAAAGGCUAAAGACAAUAAUUUUAUGAUGAACGAAAACAUCCCUACAAUUGUAGCUGAGAAGAUGGCGAGGACAUAUGCAUCCUGGUUCCAGUGGUGGAAGAAUACCAUAUCCACUGAUGACUACUUGAAAUAUGUCUCCACAAAGGACACAGAUUUCUUGGGCGUACUCUAUCAUUUCUACGACCCAGAGGAUGAGGGAGAAGAGGAUUUUGCUCCUUCCCCGCUCAUUCCUUCUCACCACCACUCCCACCCUCAUUCCCUCAUGCCCCGCCAUGUCGGACUAAUGCUCCCACACACAGAGCCACAAAUACUUGAGCCCACCUUAACUACAAAACAAGCGCUCAGUAUUGAGAGAGAAAAGAAGUUGGCAGAAUUAAAAGCCCAGAAGUCUGAGUAUACAGAAGGAUUUUGGAAUGUGAACUCGGUGAUGAUGGGUGGUUUAGGCAAGGAUCCCAAGGUGGAGGAAAAGGACCAGACUCCUGAUGAGGGCAGCCCAGACCCAGAGUUAGGCCGACGCUCCAGACUGACACUUCAGGCUCGUGCACAGGCCAGGCGUUCUGCAAGGGGGAUCAGUUACAGGACUCCAACUACAGAGGUGCAACCGCAGUCACCAACAUCUAAGAACUUGUCGGUUCCAGCUAGUAAGGCAGGUUCUGACAGAUCCUCUGCCUCACCGCAGGCUGGAGAGAAGACCAUACCACCCCAGGAGAGACUAGAGCAAGUGUGGAAUGCCCUACUGAUGCCUGAUGCCCUUCGUCUUGACAUGGCCAUCAAGUAUAGUGGUAAUGAUUGCUACCAGCAACUUGAACCGGCCAUACUGAAGUGGGAACAAGUGGCACAGCUGAUAACUCAGAGAGAAUCCAUCCUCAGAAAGCUGGAGAAGUUUGAAAGAAAUGCUUCAGACCCAAACCGGUUCUUUACAAAAGGUCACAAAGGCUCCUCUGCUGCCAGGCUGGAUGAGGCACGGGAAAGGAGUUACUACUACAGGUGUAUUGAGGAUGUUGAAGAGGAUAUAAAAAGAGAACUGGACUAUGUGAAGAACAACUUUAAUGACAUCAUCACUUAUAAGGGUCGACCUUACACGGACAAGAUGAAGUGGGACAGGAUUGAGAUGCUGCACUGGCUCAGUGAAGAGAGGAAGAACAAUGCUAUCAAGUAUGAGACUGUUGUCCGGCAGAUCCCUUUGAAACCCACCCAUCUAGACCCUCUUCUUUUGGACAGCCGAGGCUGAGCUGUACCUGGAAAACCAACUCAGCACGGAAUCACCUGUACAAAAUCAUGACAGCCUGUACUAAGCAUUCUGAAGUUAUUUCUAGAGAAUAUUUACCAACACAUGAACAGGUUUAAGAAUCUCUUUCAAUAUGUGUUUAAGUGUCAUACCUGACAGUAUUGUGACACAUUUUGCUUGAUUCUGAUCGAGUCAUUCAACUUGAAAGUCCCAAAUAAGACUUUUUUGUGAUGUUUGAUUAAUUUCUUUUCAGAAAAAGUAAAGUGUUGGCAUCGAAAGUUUCAUAUUAAGGCCUUUAUGUGCUUUUGAAUGUGCAUUUUUACAGGCCAAACUUUACAGUAUUUCUGCUUUCAAGCACUACAGUAAAAUGUCUGACCAUCCUUGGCAGCCAGUAUGAAUAAAACUUUUGUCUGUCUUCAGUUAAAUCUUCAGAUCUGUGAUGAGAACUUCAGCUUUUGUUCUGGUAUGUACUUGAAAGCUAAGAAUAUGUAUUUAGGCAGUUCUGAAAUGAAGAACAUGUGGCACUUUAAGGAUGUGAGGAUUUUCUUAAUGUUCUUGUACACAUGCCUAAUAUGUUCAGUGCAUCAUUUGAUUGAACACUAAGUGUUUGUAAAAAAUUAAACAGUUAUUUCAUCAUAGAAUCUGGACAUUUUAAGUUGAAAGUUAAAGUGUUGCUACCAUCCUAUGUUAGAAUGUGUUACCCUUUAUAUGCGAGUGUAGAUAUGCUUUGACGAAGUGACAACUGCUGUAUUAUUGAAGUAUUUACUGCUGAACAGUUUAAUAUUUAUUUUUUGGUUAUUGCUAAAUUAAUACUCCAAAUAUGAAACCAGUUAAAUAUUUGUGACUGCUGAAGUGUUAAACUGUGAUAUGAGACCCAUCCAAGCUUUAGUUAAUGUACAUUUAUAGUUCUGUAUUAUACUUUUAUAAAUUAUAUACAGGGAAUACUUGUGAUGUGUGAAUGUGAUAAAUUAAAGUCUUAUUUAUCAUGUGACAGCGACUUGUAAGUUACUGACAAACAUUGAAUAAGCUACUAUAAUAUAUGGAAGAUCAAACCAGUUUGAGU